CGUCUCCUAACUCCCAAACUCCAACUCUCUGGUUCGCUUCCGCGCCAUAUACAGCAAAAUACUAAUCGUUUGGUCCUCCGGCGAACUUUCCGGAAAUUUUUUUCUAUUAUCCGGCACAUCUAAGUGAUUUUGCAUCAGUAAUGGAGCACAUUAAAUCUCCAUUCAAAGGUAUUGCAGAAGAUAUCCGUGGAAGACUACCGUGCUAUAAACAAGAUUGGAUUGAAGGCGUUCGUUCAGGAUUUGGGAUAUUGGCUCCAACUACUUACAUAUUCUUUGCUUCUGCGCUUCCUGUUAUCGCCUUCGGGGAGCAACUAAGCAGAGACACAGAUGGAGCAUUGAGCACAGUUGAGACUUUAGUUUCUACAGCUAUAUGUGGCAUCAUUCACUCUAUAUUUGGCGGGCAGCCUCUUCUGAUUCUAGGAGUUGCAGAACCCACAGCAAUCAUGUACACAUACUUGUACAACUUUGCCAAAGGAAGAAAUGAUUUGGGACGGGAAUUGUUCUUGGCAUGGGCUGGCUGGGUCUGUGUUUGGACAGCUCUGAUGUUGUUUCUUCUUGCGAUCUUCAAUGCUUGCUCUGUUAUCAAUAGAUUUACAAGGAUUGCAGGGGAACUUUUUGGCAUGUUAAUUGCUGUUCUUUUUAUUCAAGAAGCUGUUAAGGGAUUGAUAAGUGAGUUCAGUACUCCCAAGGCUGAAGAUCCAACACUGGAAGAGUAUCAAUUCCAAUGGCUUUAUACAAAUGGACUGUUGGGAAUCAUUUUCUGUUUUGGCGUUCUCUACACAGCCUCAGGGAGUAGGAAGGCAAGGUCAUGGAAAUAUGGGACAGGGUGGCUCAGAGGCUUCAUUGCAGACUACGGAGUUCCUCUCAUGGUUGUAGUCUGGACAGCACUGUCUUUUAGUGUACCAAAUAAAGUUCCGUCUGGAGUUCCCAGAAGGCUCUUUAGCCCUCUCCCCUGGGAGUCUGCAUCUUUAUACCACUGGACUGUUAUCAAGAUCUGUUCUACAGGAACAGUACGGGAGGAAAGUUUUCGUGAUCGCUACUCUAAGGAUAUGGAGAAAGUCCCUCCCAUUUACAUAUUUUUGGCCCUUGUUCCAGCUCUGAUGAUAGCAGGGCUUUACUUCUUUGACCACAGUGUUACUUCACAAUUGGCACAACAAAAGGAGUUCAAUCUCAGAAAACCACCUUCUUAUCACUAUGAUAUCCUGUUGCUGGGAUUUAUGACUUUACUUUGUGGACUGAUUGGAGUUCCUCCUUCAAAUGGGGUCCUGCCACAGUCGCCAAUGCACACCAAAAGCCUCGCUGUUCUGAAGCGGCAGUUGAUUCGAAAGAAGAUGGUUCAAAGUGCCAAGGAGAGCAUUAAACAACAAGCUAGCAACUCCGAAAUCUAUGGAAAAAUGCAAGCUGUAUUCAUGGAAAUGGACAGCUCUCCUGUUGCUAAUGUAGUCAAAGAGUUGGAGGACUUAAAAGUGGCAAUUAUGCAAAGUGAAUAUAGAGAAGCAAAUGCAGAGGGAACUUUUGAUCCUGAGAAGCACAUUGAUGCUUACUUACCUGUCCGUGUUAACGAGCAGAGAAUGAGCAAUCUGUUACAGUCACUCUUUGUUGCAGCAUCCAUAUGCGCUAUGCCCCUGAUAAGGAAGAUACCCACGUCAGUUCUUUGGGGAUAUUUUGCCUACAUGGCUAUCGACAGCCUCCCAGGAAACCAGUUCUGGGAAAGAAUGCUUCUCCUCUUCAUCACACCAGGCCGGCGAUACAAGGUCCUGGAAGGGGUUCAUGCUUCAUUCAUCGAAUCAGUACCAUUUAGACAGAUAGUGGCGUUUACUCUCUUCCAGCUUGUAUAUUUCUUGGUGUGCUUUGGAGCGACAUGGAUACCAAUUGCUGGCAUCCUCUUCCCAUUGCCUUUCUUCCUUCUCAUUAGCAUAAGACAGCAUCUUCUCCCCAAGCUAUUUCUUCCCGCACAUCUGCGCGAACUCGAUGCAGCAGAGUACGAGGAAAUUGCUGGUCCCUCAGAACCUUCUCUUGGCUGCUUUCCUUUCAGGGAAAGGGAAACUACUGCACUUGGAAAUGAGGAAGGAGUAACGGAAAUUUGUGGCAAGGAGAUAUUAGAUGAGCUGACAACAAGUAGAGGAGAGCUGAAGCUUAGAACUGUAAGCUUCGGCAAAGAUAGACCUGGACAGGUUCACCCUGAUGAUAUUGUUCAAACAGAUUGAAGUUGUAGGAUUUUGAAAGGCAAGGGUUUUGAGAAGUUAUUGAUAGAUGGUCGAUGGACAAUUUGAAUAAUUUAUCAAAUAGGAAAAUUACGUUCGUAUGAUUUUUUUGAGAAUGAAUGAUGAGAGAAAACUUUUUCUUAUAUCAUUGUGAGGGUUGAUAUAUUAUUUGCGUCGUGUAACAUUAUGUUGCUUGACGAGGGCCCAGAAGGAUUUGCACGGGGUGGUGACAGGCAAAAAGGGUGGGGCGAUGUGGGCAGUAGG